AUGGACCAUUAUAACUUGGUAUUUCUACAGCAAUUGGUGCCGUAUCUACAGAUCUGUCUUUCCGAGGGAAGUAAUGAUGCGGUGUCGCAUCUUAGACUGAAUUUCGAAAAGCACAAUAUAUCCAAUACUUUAUGGGACAACAGUAUCAUUAAGGCUAGACUUCUGAGUGCGAGGUUCCUUAUUACUGCUAAGGAUAGCUUGGAGACUCCCAAGACUUUACUGCCAAAGAGAUCUGACAUUGGUGAAGUCCACUCGAUUCUUUCUCCAUUCAAUCCUGAGUCAGAUAUCUAUCCCAAUGGGAUAAUUUCUGAAGGUUGGUUCGAAAAAUAUACCCAAAGGGUACCAUUUGCCUUUGUAGCAACUUUCUCACUCCCACCAGCUAGCGGUGAUCAGGAAUUUCCUGAAUUGGACCCCCUUGUACAAAAAAUUACCCUUCUUAGACAACAAUUCCAAGCUCAAAAUAUUCGAUUCGUGGUCAUAAUUAUUUCUUCAGGGAAUGAAGAAUUAAGAAUUCAACAUCUUAGACUGCAAACAGAGUUACCUCGGCUCACGGGACUCUUGUAUUUGGAAGAUGGCGACCAUUUGGAGCGUGACUCGGCCGUUCUUGUAUCCACACUUUUAUCCAAUCUUAGAACGGUGGCUACUGAAUUUUACGCAUCAAUUGAACACAAGGUAAAACAACGACAUCGGAAAUAUUAUUCAUACCCGGCUGCCAAUAAGACUAAUACAAAUAUAGAGCUAGCUCCAAUAUUCUUAGAGACUCGUAUUCUUAUCAAACAGGCAAUGUUGAUGCAACUAACUCAUCCUCAUAAUGUUGAAUCAAGUUUAAAGUUCCUUUUGUUGGCAUAUGAUAAUAUGAUUGAGUUAAUAAAAGGAUCUUUUGAAUAUCAAGAUAAGGUAGCUCUGUUACUUCCACAUGAUCAGAUUUUGUAUCGUCAAUUUUGUAAUCUAGUUGACAUACUUUCCUUCCAUAUUGUUAGAUGUUACUUUGCCAUGGAAGAUCCAGUUGCAGCAUUACGGAGACAUGAAAAUCAUAUAGUUAAAGUAUUGGGUCUUAAACCGGCCCGUGAGGUCAAUUGGGUCUCGAUUCAAUAUGAACUUUUGGCUGAACUUGCUCAAUUGGUUCCUCAAUCAAUUCGAUCUUCAUAUACCGAAACUAAAACAAUGAAUAAAAUAUCACUGAAGUAUGGCCGAUCAACUCUUUUCUAUGGUGGUAUUGAAUUCCAAGAGAAAAAUAUGGAUAUAAUGUCACAUCCGGGUCUUCUUUAUAUGAAGGCUGCUUCAUCUAUCGCUAUAGGCAAAGAUGUACAAGAGCUGACAAUGUCUAAUGGGGCCAAGGUGACAUUGUUGGAAAAGGCAGUAGAUUCAUUUGAAGAUAAUAGUUCAUACAAGGAAUAUGUGCGAUGGCUCAUUGCUGAAGAGUACCUUAAAUCUGGUGAUAUAAAUCUGGCUAUUACAAACUACAAGUUGUGUAAAGGAUUGCCGGAGUCAUUAAGACAUGGUGUUCUUUUAAGACUAUUUGAAUGUUAUCAACGAACAAAUGAUACUGAGGGAAUUAUAUCUACAGCCAUUAAAUUGACUUCAAUGGGGAAGAAUAUAUCCAUGUCAUACAUAUCGCCAUUGAAGGAAAUAAAAGGAUUAUCGGUAGAUACUACUGUGGAUCAUUUACUCAGAGUUACACCACUAUUGCUUAAUAAGACACUAAAGAAUAUUGAAACAUAUGCAUUUGAUGAAUGUGUUUCUCAAAUUGUACUUCAACCAGUGAUAGAUAUGGUUAACUUAAAUAAAUUACUUGGGGUUGAACUAAAGUUAAUCGUUAAUGAAAUCAAGGUACGUUAUUCAGGUUCAAUAUUCAAUGAUGUUACUUUGAAAAAUCCUAAGGAAGUUUUGAUAAACUCUGGACCAGUACAAGUUAUAAAACUUGUUGAUUCAACUGAUGGUAUAGCUACUGGAGAAAUUAAUAUACAGUUUGAUAAAUCCGAUCAAAUAGCGCUUCAGUUUUCUCAGAUAGCAAAGAAAGUUGGAUUAUUAUCGAUUGAAAGUAUCACUAUUGAUAGUAUGUUAAUUCUGGAAAAUAUCAAAAUUUCUUGCAAAGAAGUGAUCAUUUUCGAUGAAACUGAACGUUCAAUUUCUCAUCAUCAAGACUUUUACAAUUUUGUGGAAGGUGCUAAGACUUUAUCAGAAAGUUUCCACCAAUCCAUUCGUCUCAAUGGGUCUGCGACUCAUCAACUACAAAUUCUUCCGGUAAAGCCAGAAGUUUCGGUAUCUGUCUCCAAUCCACAAACCUCAAUAAUCAUUGGAGAAAUGGUUCAACUUCCAAUAAAAAUCGAUUUUAAAGAGAAAGAUGGAGUGGAUUAUAAUAAAUUAUCAAUUCUUUCAAAUCUUAAAAUAACGGGGUCAGGAGUAAGUUCACUUUCUACUAGAACACAUUGGGAGAAUCUUAAGGACGAUGCGCCAUUGAAUUUAACUAAUGUAGCCAAUGGCGAAGUUAAGAUUUUAAAUGUAAGCAUUCAGAACCCUCCAUCGAUUACCAACUUGGUGGGACAAUUGAACCUUAUGGUAGAACUCAGGUUGAUUGAACAAGAAGUGGAAGAAGGUAAAGAAGACGAAGAUCGGGAACAAUUGCAAAUUCCAUUAACAUCAUAUGAUUUGACUAGCUUUGGAUUUGAAGUAAUUAAAGUUCCAUUUGAAUGCAAUUACAAAAUCUCUCCUACAUAUAGAAGUGGUAAAGAUGUUGAUGAUAUGCCGAAUCCAUUUGUUCUUCAAAAUACCACCUCUGUAACAAUGCCAGUGGCUACAAGAGCUUGGUUAGGACAAGUGGAAAUUCCGUCAAAUGAUAUUGAAAUCGUUUCCGCUGAAAUGGCUGUUCGUUCGAUGAAUCCAGAAGUUCAAGUUAAACCAGUUAAAAGUUCUUGUCUAUCUGAUAAGAGAUUGGUUUCUGUAUUAUUCACCACUGCCAGUAAAUCUGGAUUUCUGCAUAGAAAUGUCAUUGUAUGUUCAAGAUGUACCAUCAAAUGGAAACGAUCAGGACUGCAGUCAGUUCACGAGUAUAAAACCAAAGAAUGGGACACUACACUCCCAUUAUCUGACCCAAGAGUUCUAUUAACCAUUGAACAAGAUGAUAAGAAGAAGAAUACAAGGUUGCGAUAUGUUUUAGAAAAUCCUACGGCAAGAAUUUUCUCCUUUACUACACAACUUGUUUAUGAGAGCCCCUGGGAAUUGAUUGAAGAAUUGCAAUUGACCCCCGUUGUGCAACCAGCAUUCCCCGUGUUACCGUUUACUCGACAUGUGCUAGACUACCAUUUCCAUAAUGAUACUCCAGAUGGAACUCCGAUGCCUUCACUUCGGGUAUAUGAUGUGAACUACAAAGUCAAUUUACCCACACUCACAAUCGAACAAUCUACAUAG